AUGGGGCUGCAUGCUGCUUUGACCCCCCGGCGGGCUUCUCUCACCCCGAAAAGGUACAACCCAGUACCUGCAUCGGGGUCUCAGGAGAUACAUCGCUGGGCCGAGACGGUUUCGGAGCACCAAAACUGGUGGAGCAAGCUUCCGGUCUCUCACUCUCCGUCACACCCCCCUCCGACAGUCCUUUUUUUGCGUCGACUUCCCUUGCUGCCGUGGACCGGUUGCCGUCGAGACGUGCGUGCUCUCUGCUGGUGGGGCGAGUUCACCGCGGCUCAAGCCUCACGGCGGACGCGCGUGACUCCUUUCCGAUGUUUUGGCUCGCUGGCGUCGACUUCGUCCGCAGUGGGUGUAGGCACACAGCCACGGCUGCAAGAACUCCCACCGACCUUGCCUCUCUACUACGUGGCGACGCUGGCGGACGCCAAAGUCGCGGUGGAGUGGAUUCUUUCUUGCCGCAGCGGCGCUUCCUCUGCUUCGCUGGCUCCUGUCCCGCUUCCUCCGCCAAACCUACAGCUUCUCACUACUCUCCCGCUGACGCACGUGAGCAGGCGACUUCUGCAGCGCUUCAGCGAGCCACGAGAUCAGCAUCCGCAGUCGUCUCCUUCCCUGCGGUUUGGAACCCCUGGUCGCGACUACGCGGACGUCUUGGGAGAGGCCUCCGACUCGUCCGCACACGCGCAGCCUUCCGAGGCCGCUCGCUGGCGGGUCCUACACGCCUCCAUAGGGAUCCACGUUCCUUUUCUUCGCCAAUCAAACACUACACAGUCUUCCCAAAACUCUCAUGCUUCCAUCGGCGCACUGGCCUCUUUUCCGGCUGUCUACGGCCCUCGUGACGACGCGUUUCGGCAGCUCUCACGCGCCAGCGACAGCCGAGAUGCCGACGGCGCGUCCGGUGACUGUGAGGCGAGUCAGCGCCUUCUCCAGAGAGGGGGGCGUACGGAGUUGCUGCCCUCGCUAUACGUGAGCACUCCCUCAGCUGUUUUUCUCUUCUCUUUCUCCCCGUCUCUCGCUGCGUCCUGCGCUGCUUCUGUAUCUCCCUCGCUGUCGCGUCCACUGAAAGCCCCCGGCGCGUCUGCUUCGUCUUCCGCUCAAACCCCGGCUUCCUUGCGGCACCACCGGCGGCUCGCCAGUUUCGUCUGUGCCACUCUCCUCGCGAACCCAGACCUGGUGAAGAUGUCGCACGGCGCGCAUCACCUCUUGUGUUCUGUUCAUUGGCAGUACGGCCUCUCUGCCGCGACGUGGGUGGAUAGCCAGAUAGGCCUGGCUGUGCUGCUGGAUCGCCUCAACCUGGAGAGCAAAUUCCUCUCGCUCUUCAAGGCACUCCGCCUUCGCUUUCCCCACGAGAUGGCCGCGUGGACUCAGCUGGCUGCCGCACAGUUCCGCGACCGAGGCCUUCGAAACUCAGCCAAAGACCGCCGCGAAGUGCCUGCAGCGCCCCUAGCGGACGAGGGUGCAUCCCAUGUCGCGCCCUCUCUUGACGCGAGCUCGCAGCCGCCUUCUCCGCUGCCGCAUGGCGCCUUUGCUUCUCACCCGCCAGAGGCUCUCUCGUCGUGGCCUCCGGUAGAGGUGGAGGCUGAGCUGGAGCUGCGCGGACUCACAGAUGCGCAGGCAAGGGAACGCAUUCUGAAUCUCGAAGGGGGCGGCCUCCACGAGGCUUUGCUCGCUGCACACACCCUGCCGUUUGGCGCAGAGGUCUGCGCGUUGCUGGGCGACGACGAAGGGACCUUGAUUCAGGCCGAAAGCGAGCGAAUUCUCUUCUCGUACGCUCGGCUGAACCCCCACCUCUCCACGCCGGCACGCGUCUCACCGUUUUUUUCGCGGUCUGCGGCGCGGGCUGCAGAGACGAAGGCCGCCGCGGAGGCGAGCGAGCUGACGGGGCGGGCUCGCCAACCCCCGCGGGGGUUCGACGGAGACGGCAGAAGCGAAGGCGCGCGCCUAGCGGAGGCCGAGGCGGAGGAGGAAGACUGCGACGAUGAGCAGGGCGUCCGCGUGUUCCCCGUUCCGCAGGGAACGAACGUGCAGGCUAUGCUCCUGCAGCGGGAGUCGGAUAUUCUGUUUUUCGGUCUGAACUUAGGGCCGCUCGCGGGAGUGGCCGUCGGAAAGAGCGUCUCUAGAUUCCCCGACCUGAAGCCGGGCGACGUCGUAGACUGCUGCGUUCUGGGGCGGAGCCCGUGUUGCCAGUAUCUCCUUUUGGACCGCCUCGGCGGCGCCAAUCUCGUUUUCGAUUUGAAAAGGAAACGUAUGCUUCCUCUGCCUUCGCUUGAAGACGCGACCUUCGCGCCUUCGCGCCGGGACUCGAGUGGAGUUGGAGCCUUCAGUUCUUUCCUUUUGAACGACGUUGCAACGGCGAUGCCACCGAGCGGUGGCGAUGAGCCGUAUAAGCUCACGUCCAACGCUUCGCUCGUGGAUAUGAAAGCGAGGUUCACUGUCGGGUUGGACGAGCGACUCGGGAAGCGAUUCGAAGACUCUGCUGGGCGACCGAAGCCGUACAUCGGCCAGAAGAUUUAUAAACUUGGCAAGCGCGGCGCCGUGAAGAUUCGAAAGAAGUUGCCUCGGAACAUGUACGACGACGACGGGCGCAAUAAGUGA